CUUUCAACACUACUAUAUAACAAAUAAUUUGAGUUGCAGCCACCAUGACCCAAGUCAUGUUCCACGUCCUUUUAUUCCUCUCUGCAUUUGCCUGUUUUUAUAGUAAUGACAUCGUGCUAACCGUGAGCCCAUCAAUGGAUGAUGGACCCAUCGUCUGGAAACAAACUGUGACCAUUUCUUGCAACUGGACACCCGGAAACCGAAUGUAUGGAGACAUGGUUGUGGGAGAAACAUCUGAAUCCCUAUAUAGCGAUGGACAGUACGGAGAAAUUGUUUCCCUCGAAGAUCCGGAACAAAGAAUUUACUUCGUUUCUGAUGACGAUAUUGGCGAAGGUACCCUCGUCAUUAAAGAUGUUACUAGCGCUGAUGCAAGGCAAUUCGGAUGUAUGGUCUCUCGUAAAGGAAAUUCUAACAACAUCAAUCUUGAAAUCAUUGAACCCCCCAUGGCUGGAGUAGUCAACUUUGUUGCUGUCCCUGAAUUUACCACCGUUGAUCUUACUUGGGAUGUUGUAGAAGGAGCCUCUAGCUACAAUGUAGGAUGGCAAGCAGUUGGUGCUGCCGACUGGACCACGGUCGAUGUUGCAACCAACUCUCACCGAUUUGAAGGUCUAUCUGUUGCCUCCAACUUUGUGGCCAAGGUAGAUGCUUCCAACGCUGCCGGAAUUAGAGAGGGAAUUGAGCCUGCUGAGACUUCCUUUACCACAAAGGAUAACCGACCUCCACACCCCGUCGGAGGACUGGCUGUCGGAGCUUCUGACUACAAUCAGACUUCCAUCACCAUCUCAUGGGACUUGGCUGACAAUGAAGCAGAAGAGCGAAUAGUCCUUGGAAUCUUCGCCACCGUUGUUAAAGAAGGCGCCGACGACGCUAGUCCUGAAGCUAGUCCUGCACCCCAAGAACUUGGAGGUGACGUCACAACCGCUACAUUCGAUCUUGGAGGACCUGGAACGUACAUCUUCUCAGUCCAAACCACUAACGACUUCAGCGAGGGAGUUGUCACCACUCAAACUGUGACUCACGAAGUGAAAGAGACCACUGAAGCACCCACUGUACCAGCAACCACCACUCCAAAACCCACCACCAAAAAAAUAACAACCCCUAAAAUCACCACCCCCAAGCCAAUCACCGUCGCAGUCACCGAACCACAGGAACCAAAGAACAUGGACUGCGGACCUAUCCAGAACUUGGAACCUCUUCCCGGAAAGCCUCUUCAACUCAGUUGCAUCGUUCCUGAGGAUGUUAACUACGAAGCUGAAGCGAUCACCUGGUCCUACAAGGUCGGAGAUGAGGGUCAGACGUUAGACCAAGAAGCGCUUAUUAUCUCUGGAGUGAAUAUCGUGGCCAACAACACCUUGAAAUCCAGUACCCUCAACAUCGGUGAAAUCAUCGAAACUCAGGCGGGUACUUACAAGUGCAGUAUAGAGAGUAGUCCACAUUCGUCAGAGUGCGAGUACAUAGUCGCAGUGACCCGUACCGGCAGCGGAGCCCUCCAAACUUCCGUCUCCACCGCCGUAUCACUCGUUAUCGUCCUCCUAGCUUUCUUUUAGGGUAUCUACAGGUGCCACCUUGACGGUGAAAAAUGCACCUAUGUAGUAGAAAUGCAAGGCGCAGCAGUUGGAAGCUCUAUGCAGACGAUCGCUUCAGGGACCCUAAUCCUUGCUGCAUUCAUACUCACACUCCUUCACUAAGAGAACUGUAAAGUAGGAUUAUUAACUGUUCUCAGUCCUAUGAUGACGACAUGUAUUUCGUCUCUACAAUUGCUCUCUGUUUCAAAAUAUAAGCAGCUAAGUCACUCCGGCGGCUUGGAGGUUGCUUCAGGCCCUACGUCAUUAUAUCUCAAUCUAGCUUUAAACUCGAAACUUUGUGUUGAUAUAUAUGGAGCAUGAUAUGUCGCCCUGCAAAAAAUAGUUGAAAAUGUGUUUUACCCCGUCGAAAAAAGAGAACAAUCCCCCUUAUUUUGAUGGAAGAACUGUUAGAUAUUAUCAUUUUCUUAAAUUGUUUGAGGUGCUGCAACUCUUAUUAAGAAUUAAUUUACUGUGCUGUUGUUUUAGUAAUUUCUAGGAGUGUGCUUUACGUUUAUUAUGUAUUAAGGGCAUGGGUAAACAUUUGUAUGGGUUGGAGGAAAAUAAGAGGCUUCAUUAAAAGUGUGAAUUUUGGCGUCUCUGGUUACGUGAUACGAAACUUUCCUCGUGUUUUUAUUAGAGUUAUCAUGAUUAGAGAUGUAGCUUUGAUAUUUAAUACAACUAGAGAAAUACUAUUUUUUAACUUCUUUUAAAAUUUGUUAAUUUAUUUAUCUUCGAGCGAUGAUCCAUUCGUGUAAUUUUAUAAGACCUUCGAUCGUGUAUUUACAGGUAUGGAUUCUAUAGUACACAGGUUGCCGAGUGAGAUAUUAACCAGCUUUUCUUCAAAAUUUAAAUUUUUACCCUGAAAAACGAAAUUACCAUAUUUUAUCUGCAACAUCCAUCACUACUCCUAUAUUGUAUCCAGCUUGACAGUGAAUAGUAAGGCACGAACUUUAAUGGGGCAGUCUCCGUGAAUUUUGAGUUUAUGUUUUACGUGCAUACUGAAAUUAUUAAUUUACUUUUGAUACCAUGAUAAUAAUGAUAUUAUAUGUAUGUUUAUUUUUUGAACUUUUCGUAUUGUAAAAGCUUGCCAUGCUGGUAUCUAGGUAUAAAUUUACCAUGAUUUUAUCCACUUGAAUGGUCCGUAGCUGAAUUGAUAUAUGCCGGCUAAUCGUUGGCUUAGUAUUGAUUUCAUUAGGUGGGCUAAUUGCAACAAUUUGAGGGUUAUGGUUAUGUUCGUCAUUACUUUUGUAGAACGUUAUAUAGGCAAUUAUGUUAAUAUAAUAACUAUUUUGGUACAUGAUGGAACAUUUUAAGUUUAA